ACAGUGUACGGUAACAGCCGAAGAGUCCCACAAACCACGUGACGACGUCGUGUGGUGUCGUCAGCGGCUCACGACCUAAUUGUUCAGUCUGUGAACCAGAGCCGGAGGAGGAGGAGGGAGAGUUAAUGUCGGCAGCUACUCUGAGAUAAACACAUUAAAGAUUGUUCUAGCAGCAGAGUGAGUCUUCCCCGACACCAUGUCUCAGGACAAGAGUGGAUACCCUGUUAUGGGUGAGACCAACCCACUUCAUAACAACGUCUAUGGACCCCCUCAGCCAGGUUUCGGCAUGCCCCCUCCCAACUAUAGCCAAGCCCCAGGGGGACCAUACCCACCAGCAGCCGGCUAUGGACAACCGGGCUUCCCCCAGGCAGGCCCAGGUUUUGUCCCUGGUCCCUACCCUCAGAUGCCUUACCCUCAGAUGCCCUACGCACAGGGACCCUACCCUCAGGGGCCUUAUCAGCAAGGACUCGCACAGCCAGGCUUUCCUGGUGACGCCACGGCACCUGUCAGCAGCCCUGGUUACCAUGGUGAUGGGCCUCCAUCUUACUACGACAAUGAGGAGUUCACCGACUCUGGCUUUGAGGACAAGACCAUCCGACAAGCCUUCAUCAGAAAAGUCUUCAUGGUUCUCACAGUGCAGCUGCUGGUCACUUCCUCCUUCGUUGCCGUCUUCACCUUUGUCGAUGAUGCCAAGAACUUUGUGCGACGUAAUCCAUGGACAUACUAUGUGUCCUACGCAGUCUUCUUCGUGGCUCUGAUCGUCCUCAGCUGCUGUGGAGAAUUCCGCCGCAAGCACCCCUGGAACUUGGUUGCUCUGUCCAUCCUGACCCUGAGCCUCUCCUACAUGGUGGGCAUGAUCGCCAGCUUCUAUGACACAGAGACUGUCAUCAUGGCUGUGGGCAUCACUGCAGUGGUCUGCUUCACCGUCGUCCUCUUCUCGCUACAGAGCAAAUAUGACUUCACUUCCUGUCGGGGCGUGCUGUUUGUGUGCCUGAUCGUGCUGUUGCUCUUCUCCAUCCUCUGCAUCUUCAUCCGCCACAGGAUCCUGCACAUUGUCUAUGCCUCACUGGGGGCCCUGCUCUUCACCUGCUUUUUGGCUGUGGACACUCAGCUUCUCCUGGGCAACAAGAAGCUGGCCCUGAGUCCAGAGGAAUAUAUUUUUGCUGCCCUCAACCUCUACACUGACAUCAUCAACAUUUUCCUCUACAUCCUGGCUAUUGUGGGGCGCUCCCGUGAAUGAGGCUGCACCUUCAACAGGAGGGAGAUAGAGAAUGCCUCCCUUUAUUGUGAAAUGUUGCUAACAUGUCCUUUUCUCUCUAACACCUUUAACUUUUUUUUCACAUGAUGCUCCUCGUGUCCUCUCCUAUCUCACACACACAGUUCUCUUUUUUAAACAGGUAGGUGAGCUGUGGAGGAGAUGCAGCCUGUCAUAAAAUGCAGCUGAGAGGGACACUAUAUAUUUAAUACAAAUCUUGCCAUUAAUGACAGAACAUAAUCUAUCUUUUCCUUAAUUUUGACCACUCUGCUUGCUGUAACUGUCUUCUGCUUCUACUAACACAGAUGGCUACAUCAUAUCUACAUUACCUACCCCCCAACUUCCAGUUUGGCUCGGCACAUACAGUUAAAACAUGUUAUCCUGUGGGUGCUUGGCACUCAGCCUUGCCUUCCUGCAGAGAUUAAACAGAAAAAGUGCGGGGAAGGUAUUGGUAGCGCUUGAUAUUGAUGUAAACCAGCUUUGCCUGAAGAGAAGAAGUUAGUGCUUGAAAUACCCUCCUCCUUCAUUCUGUCUGUUUUCCCAAACCUAUCUCAGCCUGCUGGUGUAGUAACUCUGCAUGGCAAUAUUGGAAACACAACUAAAGAUGUGUUACGAUUCAUUAGAACUACCAGAGGAAUACCUCUAGCUUGCUUGUCACAGCUGUAAAUAGUUAAGUGUAUUACUGUAUAUGAUGCCAAUAUCCCCCCUGCGACUGAAAGGCAUGCUGGAGUGAUUCAUAUGGAUGUGUUGCUUUUUGGGAAAAAUAUGCUCUGAUAUCAGAACUUCGCUUACCCAGUAUAGUAACUAAAAAAAAUUAAAUGGCAAAAGACUGAAGAUCAGUGUUGGAUGUAUAUGACAAACAUGAACAUAAAUUAAUAUUUAUAAACUAUAUAUUCUUACAGAAUAUCUUUUCAAAAGUAAGAAAACUUUUGUUCUUAAAUUAUUUCUAUGAUUCCAAAGCUGAGAUGUCCCCUUACCUUCUUCCUUUUUUUUCUUUACUGUCCACACUAAUUUCCUCUCUAAUUUUCUCUCAUCUGGUCAUUAAUGUGAAGUGCAAAUUUAGUGCUGUAUUUAUUUUUUCUCAUUACAACUAAUGUGAAUUAAUGUUGAGUAUUGGACUUUCUGACCACUUUUAUACCAAGCUGAUCCAAGUUUCACUGCUUCUGAAUUGAUGGACACCAGCCUUGAAGGAAAUGGUACUUAUCCAUUUACUGAGCUUGACCCGGGGUGCUUUGAAGUUGCUAUAAGCUGGUGAAAAAACUCAGACUGUUGUUUGGAAAUUUACAAAGACUUUAUUACUUAAGUUGAUUGUGAAACCAUAGCAUACUUGUUACACUCUUGCUCAACAAAGUGAAUCAACAUGCACUGGAAGCCAAAAUACUCUUACACACUUGAAUGAUAUAUUUAACAUGAACAACAUUUUUUAAUUCUGUGAUUUCUGUUUGGAUUUUUCGCAUGGCCCUCUCUUCCCAUAUGCAUGUGCUGAUAAUGCACUCUGUACAGGUAUUCCUGUUUUGGAGAGAGACAGUGUUGUUUGGCAGCCCUGUUAGACUUUUUUAACUCUUGAGUUUGUAUCUAACUAAGGUGUACAUGUAUAUAGAACUCCUUAGUGGUUUGAUGUGUAUAGAUAAAGUAAUUUUGGGGCUUUGUAGGUCUGUUUGCAUUGUAUAUUUGCAUUAAAUCAAAGUGGAACUGCAUUCCUCUACACUGCUGUUAGCUUUUCAUUAAAACUGAUACAAUGUAAA